AUGUCCUGUCUUCACAUCUACAGGAAGAUUCCUGUAGAAUAUUCUUCACAUUCCUGUCUUCACAUUACAGGAAUAUCACUGUUUGGUGGUUCUUCCUACGAACUGCCACAUACUAAUUUGAAAUACUUUGGCGGGAAACGGCCACCCAACGUCCACUGCACAGACGAUGGCACAGGAGACGGCUCAGAAGAUGGCGCAGGAGACGGCUCAGAAGAUGGCGCAAGAGACGGCUCAGAAGAUGGCGCAGGAGACGGCUCAGAAGAUGGCACAGGAGACGGCUCAGAAGAUGGCACAGGAGACGGCUCAGAAGAUGGCGCAGGAGACGGCUCAGAAGAUGGCGCAAGAGACGGCUCAGAAGAUGGCGCAAGAGACGGCUCAGAAGAUGGCGCAAGAGACGGCUCAGAAGAUGGCGCAAGAGACGGCUCAGAAGAUGGCGCAGGAGACGGCACAGAAGAGGCGCAAGAGACGGCUCAGAAGAUGGCGCAGGAGACGGCUCAGAAGAUGGCGCAAGAGACGGCUCAGAAGAUGGCGCAAGAGACGGCUCAGAAGAUGGCGCAAGAGACGGCUCAGAAGAUGGCGCAGGAGACGGCUCAGAAGAUGGCGCAAGAGACGGCUCAGAAGAUGGCGCAGGAGACGGCACAGAAGAUGGCGCAGGAGACGGCUCAGAAGAUGGCGCAAGAGACGGCUCAGAAGAUGGCGCAAGAGACGGCUCAGAAGAUGGCGCAAGAGACGGCUCAGAAGAUGGCGCAGGAGACGGCUCAGAAGAUGGCGCAAGAGACGGCUCAGAAGAUGGCGCAGGAGACGGCACAGAAGAGGCGCAAGAGACACCACAGAAGAUGGCGCAGGAGACGGCUUAAAGAACAACAACAACAACAUCAGCUGCAGCAUCAGUCCAGGGUCGAACUCUUUGAGGCCAAAACACGCGCCAUUUUUGUCUCCCGCCAAGGUCCCUCCUCAACUGGCACCACUGGCUCUCCAGCCCCCAUGAGAGCACUAUUCGCCCGUCGCAGUACGGCCGGUAACCACACCCAUCUAGCCAAGAUCCUCGCCUCUCCUGGGCAAUAG